CGACCAACUGCCUGAAGAAAGGGAGCUGCUGCCUUUGCCCUCACACGCUUCUCUCGUCGAUUCGGACUGCCCUGUCUCACUUCUUAAAAUGUCUUAAAUAAGAAAGGUCUGUCGCUUUCGCUCUUCUACCUCCGUGACAUCUCGCAACCUCUCUUGAUUCAGCGCCCAAGCCAAAAUGGUUCGAAUCAAGCCACCUCCUCAAGCUGCUAGCCCUUCUCUGGACGGCGUCAUCAUCAGCUUCGCUUCUUACUCUCUCAGCGCACACCCCGAGCUCUCGCACAAGACUGUUGCGCAACUGAAGACUGACAUCGCCAACUGCGGUGGUUCUUACACUACCAAGCCGGAUCAGUGUACCCACCUCAUCACCACUCAUGCUCAGUUUGAGAAGAAACUCAACCGUAUAACCCAAGCCCAAAAGAAUGUCGAUACGCAAGUUGUCUCUUACGAGUGGCUCGCUGCGUCUUUGGCCUCAAGUGCGCCGGUUGACAUCGACCAAUAUCUUCUUGAGAGCUCGCCCACCAACGAUGAUGGCAUAGCGAAUGGCAACGGUCUGUCACCGUCUCAAAAGGCGGCGACCAGGUCGUCAAAGCGCUCUCGCAAGGAUGAUGACGAUGAGGAUAACCCAAUACCAACCAAGAAAUCCAGGCCAUCCAAAGCAGCCGGUGAACCUACCCCAGCCACAACCACCACUCCCAUCAAAGUUCCAGUGGAUCAUUUUGUCCCUUCCGCUCCCAGCUUCACUGUUCAUGUGGACGACAGCGGCGUGAUAUAUGACGCCACCCUAAACAAGUCUGAUGCAAAAGUGAACAACAACAAGUUCUAUCGAUUACAACUCUUGAGAUCCACCAGUGGAUUCUAUACUUGGACACGCUGGGGUCGUGUUGGUGAAAGAGGUCAGAAUAAGAUGCUGGGUGACGGCUCCCUUGAUGAUGCUCUUUCGUAUUUUGGGGUGAAAUUUAAAGAGAAGGCUGGUCUCACUUGGGAGAAUAGGGAUGCACCGUCCAGAAAGGGCAAGUACGCAUAUCUCGAAAUCAACUACGCAGAUUCGGAGGACGAAGGUGAGAAAGGGGCCGCGCAAGUGACCCGGAAAGGUGACGGUCCCGUGAAAGAAAAGGUCUUCGCCGAGAGCAAACUCAUGCCGCCGGUCCAGCGCCUGAUGGAGCUGAUCUUCAACCUGCAGUUUUUCAACAAUACCAUGGCCGACUUCGAUUACGACGCCAGCAAAAUGCCGCUUGGAAAACUCAGCAAGAAGACUCUCCUCAAGGGGUACGAAGUCCUCAAAGAUCUGGCCUUGCUCAUUGCCGACCCUUCUGUUGCCACCGGUUUGGGAGAACAACCAGGUCAAGCUGUCAUGGACAGAAGCAAUCAGUACUUCUCACUUGUGCCACACGUCGUUGGUCGUCGGUCUUUACCCGUUCUCAGGGAUAUGAAUUCCAUUAAGAGAGAAAUUCAACUCCUGGAGACGUUGACAGAUAUGCAAUUGGCCAACGAGAUUAUGAAAUCCGCCGCAGUUGAGGAACACAAGUCUCUCCACAUGCUGGAUAGACAAUACCAGGGACUCGGCAUGAAAGAGAUGAUUCCUUUGGAUCAAGACAGUCAAGAAUUCUCCGAGAUCUUCUGUUACCUGAACAAGUCAACUGGCAGCACCCAUGGCGUCACAUACGCAGUCCAGGAUAUCUUCCGUAUUGAGCGCAGUGGUGAAUCUGACCGACUCGAAGAGUCUCCGUAUGCCAAUCUCGGAUCAAAGAGUGAUCGCCGCUUACUCUGGCAUGGGUCCCGCGUCAGCAACUUCGGUGGCAUCCUCAGUCAAGGCUUGCGAAUUGCACCACCCGAAGCCCCCGUAUCAGGGUACAUGUUUGGCAAAGGCGUGUAUCUUGCGGAUAUGAGCUCCAAGAGUGCUAACUACUGUGCAACGUACAACAGUGCCGGGACUGGACUACUCCUUCUUUGUGAGGCUGAACUGGGCAAACCGUCUCUCAAACUUACAGAUGCCGAUUCCAAUGCUGGUGAUCGCGUCCAGAAGAGAGGCUGUAUUUCCACCUGGGGUGUCGGUCAAACUGGGCCUUCGGUCUGGAAAGAUGCUAGCUGCGUUCAUCCGAGCUUGAAAGGGGUCAAAAUGCCUGAUGUCGUCAACCAUCCGCCGGGUCCCACCAACGAGUCCAAUGCAUACCUUCUCUACAAUGAAUAUAUCGUUUACGAUGUGGCUCAGAUCAGACUCCGAUACCUUGUACGAGUCAACAUCAACUGAGGGUUCAAUUCGACAACAUUGGCGCCGGGUGAACGAAGGCGGAGACCGGCAACUUGGGACACGGGCGUCGAUUUCACACUUGGCAUGUUUCACUAGCUACGCGACAAGCGAGCAGUCGUGGUUUGCAUAGCAGGAGGGCUCAUUACCUUCUAUUCAUUCAGUGCUUCAACUACUUCAACAUAUUCCUCGGCAUCCAACCAUACACCAUACACCAUACAUCAAUGUAUGGCGGAGGGCAAAAGGAAAGGAAAACAGGAGCUAUUCGGGAGAUUUCCUUCAGUUACAAUCACCUCAGAGCAUAGCUACGGAGUCAUCAAGGUUUCACAUGGCACAUUGUACGAGGCAAGCUGAUGAGUAGGGUCGAGACGGGCUUCCUAGGAAUCUCAUCGAACGAAUGGAUAAUUCCAACUGAUCAUCU